AUGUCUUCCGAUAGCGAUAGAACGUCAGUAAGAGCUAGGACGAUAGCAAUAGUGGGCGCGGGGCCGUCGGGUGUGGUGGCAGCAAAAUAUCUCCGGGCAGAGAAAGCAUUCAACGAGAUCGUCUUAUUUGAACAACGAAGUAGACCGGGGGGAAUAUGGAUAUAUACAGGCCAUCAGCGAGACGAGAAUCUCUUCGACAUACCCCAGACCAAUCCGAAUAAAGAUGUACAAAAGCCGGAAUGGCAGCCCAAAGAAGCAGUAGCGAACGGGAGCAUCGAUACCAAUGGAAUCGACUUCGCAUCAAAGAUCCCUUCAUUCUUAUCGCCAAUGUAUGAGAAGCUGGAAACAAAUAUUCCACGUGGAUUAAUGGGCUUCCAAGAUUUGGAUUGGCCAUCUGAUAGCCAACUAUUCCCUACACACGAAACGGUACUCAAAUACAUCAGCGACUACUCUGCGGAUGUCCAAGAUCUUGUUCGAUACUGCACACAAGUGACCAGUAUCAACCCAACCGAUCUAAAUCAAAUCAACAGCUCAUGGACCGUCACAACACGGAAUCUAAUUACGAAUGAAGACACAUCCGAAGUCUAUGACGCAGUCAUUGUAGCGAAUGGCCACUUCAUAGUUCCCUACAUCCCUCCUAUGGCUGGUAUCGAGGAAUGGGCAGCGCGACACCCUGGUCGCAUUAGUCACUCGAAAUACUACCGUAAACCCGAAGAAUUUAGCGGAAAGAAAGCGAUCGUCGUGGGCAAUUCGGCAUCUGGUGCGGACGUGAGUGCCCAGAUUGCUGAAUUCUGUCAGAAACCGCUGUUGUGGUCUACACGUUCACAGUCCAUGUUCAGCGCCACACAUGGAACAGCAGGUGAAGACCAAAAGAGACGAGAAGUCCCGCCAAUCAAACAGUUUCUUCCCGAAAACAGAGGCGUACUGUUCGAAGAUGGAACAGAAGAGCACGACAUUGACGCUAUCGUCUUUGCUACCGGAUAUUUCUACAGCCUACCUUUCCUACAGGACGUGGAACCGAAACUAAUCACAACCGGCGAAAGGGUAAACCAUACAUAUCAACACCUCUUCUAUGCACCACGACCUACUUUGAGUUUCUUAGCCCUAAACCAACGCGUCAUCCCCUUUCCGAUAGCAGAAGCACAAUCCGCCGUCCUCGCACGAGUAUACUCCGGCCGUCUUUCACUCCCACCACUCUUAGAAAUGCGCGACUGGGAAAAGAGCGUAGAAGAGGAAAUGGGUGCUGGGCGAAACUUCCAUCUCUUGCCCUUCCCCAAAGAUGCAAACUAUAUCAACGCAAUGAGUAAAUGGGCAUUGAGCGCUGAAACCAAGGACGGCUUGGAAAAUGAAGGCAAAGGAAAGGUACCACCAAUCUGGGGCGAGUGGGAGUAUUGGUGUCGUGAGAAUUUCCCGAAGAUACGACAGGCGUUUGGGAAGAUGGGGGAGAAGAGACGAGAGAUUAGGCAUGUCAAGGAAUUAGGCUUCGACUUCGAAGAAUACCAGAAAGAGCAGGCAAGGCAAAAGAAUGGCGUCGAGGACAAGGAAGGUGAAGAGUUGAUAUAG